ACUUGCACACGCGAGCGUUGGCUCAUGCAUGUUGCCCACUAUCAGAAGGGGCUCUGCUGAAGCUUCUUACGUGACCCGUGACCGGCAUUCGAGGGCCUGGCGACAUUUGAGGCCUCUUGGUUUUCUGACACUUGAAAGCCACAUGCCGACAGAUCCUCAUCAUCUCAUCAAUUGCGGACCGAAACGCUUAUAGACUCAACUGUUAGUGUCGCUAAGCUUUCACAGCGAACACGGACCUCGUCACCGCUCACGCAACCGAAAUCCACCAUUCGUUAGGCGAAAUGCCUCUAUCCAUAACCGAAGUCACUCAGUCCAAGACGAAGAAAUGCAGGAGUGCAGGAGUAGCAAAUAGAUGUGCCUUGCCGCACGAAGGAAUUCAAGUUAACACAAUGGUUCGUAUUUCGCCGGACGUCCCGCCAGAGUUAGGCAGGCAGUCAGCCCUUCCCCACAUCAUGUAAACCUUCUCAAUGAACCAGACCACUCCGUGUUCGAGAAGGGCAUCUCUUGAAAAAACUUGGGGAAUUCGGAUAAGGAGGAGCUUUCAUCGGUGCUUUAGGGGGAGUGUCCACUUUGGGGGCCUCGCUUCUCUACAUGACUUGCGGAUUGCACAGCGAGCGGGCGUGAAGUGAAGAUUAUCCGAUGGGACCCUAAGUUGAAACGAGACAUCGACACCAGCCGGAGCCAUCACUGGGAGGAACAAACGGGGCUCUCGAGCGAGAGAUGUGAGAAUCCGAAGGCGGAGCAGAACCGAUGAGGUGGUGAUACACGGGAGGCUCGGGCGGGGCAACAUGUGAAGUGCUCCGGGAGCACGGGCGAAUCCCAAUGGCUCCUGCAAUCCUAGGGCCUCGCAUUUUGCCGCCCACUGUCAGGACGAGCAGCAAUCCGGGGACGCGAUUUGCAAGAUUUCCAGCGCGUGGCUCGCAACUCGUCGUGGGGUCGAGGAGGAGAAGCAGAAAUGGCGCACGCAGCAGCAGCAGCAGCUCGUCGGGCGCGAGCGGAGCGCGAGAGGAAGAAGGCGCGGGGUCGCGACUGGCCAAGAGGCUGGGGCGGACGAUCAGCGAGAGGCAGCUGCUGCGCCCGCGCCAGCGCGUGCUGGUGGCCGUGUCGGGAGGGCAGGACUCGGUGUGCCUGCUGCACCUGAUGCUGGAGCUGCGCGACGCGUGGGACUGGAGCGUGGGCGUCGUCAACUGCGACCACCGGUGGUCCGCGCCGUCGCGCCGGGCGUCGGCUCUAGUGGCGCAGCUGGCGCAGAGCCGGGGCCUGGACUACUACCAAGCCGUCGCCACGAGCUCCGUGCUCGGGGAAGGCGCGGCGCGGACUUGGCGGUACGGCGUCUUCCGACGCCUCGCGGCGCGCCAUGGCUACGAGGCCAUCGUCACGGCGCACACCGCCAGCGACCGCGUCGAGACGCUGCUGUACAAUCUAUGCCGAGGGACGGGCAUUUCCGGCCUCCAGUCGUUGACUUGGAAGCGAUGGAUCGAUCCCGUGCCGUCGCUGUCGCAGCGAUCUGCGUUCCGAGCCGAGCAGCUGAUCGAGAGCUUCGAAGAUCCGCAGGCGCCCGGAUCGGCGCAGCCUCUGCUUCAGCCCCAGCCGCUGGCUCUCGUCCGGCCUCUUCUGGAUGUCACGAGGUCCGAGCUGCGUGAUUUCCAUCGGCAGAUGAAGAUGCCCCUUUGGCCUGAUCCCAGCAACCAUUUCCUGGACAUCGAUCGUAACCGGAUCCGUCACGAGCUCCUUCCGUAUCUGCGCAAGCACUUCAACGGAGGUAUCGACAAGUCUUUGGCGAGAUGGGCUGAGAUUCUGCACGGAGAGCAGCUUUAUCUCGACAAUUUGUGCCGUAGCAUUUUAGGGCAAGCCGAGUCGGAAGUUGACGGCCCGGGACCAGGGCGAAGACUGGACGUGGUGCUUCUCAAAUCGCUCCCCAUUGCUCUGCAGCGUCGCGUUCUGAAGCAGUUUGCCGAUAAUUUCACAGGUCAUAGUUUGGGGUUCGACGCCGUGGAACGCUUGCGACAGGCGGCUUGCAGUGAGAGCUCCGGCGCUCGGAAGGCCCUGCAACUAUCGAUCCAUGGCGGGUUUAUCAUGCGAUUGCAAAAUAACAUUUUGACUAUCGUCCCACGAUAGACAGGCUUUUGCGCCUCGCGAUUAAGUGUACAAGUUUUGGUCCACGUUUCCAGCUGUUAGUCGGGGGAAAAUUCAGUGUCUGGCUCGUGGAAGCAGGUCACCUUCUUUCACAAGCUUCUCGAGACCUAGCGACGUUGUACGACUCGUGCGUACCCUACGCAAUUUGCAGUAACAGAUAUGAAGUCUACAUUGCACAUGCUAGCGAAUGGAGAAACUCCAUAAUUGUUGUUAUUGUACCGUCCAUAGUUUGAAAUAUUGAUGGUUAGCGACUUUGUCAUAUUGAAUGUUUUUGUGCAAAUUGUACAAAUCGUACUCGCAUUAUGGUUUUUUCUGUUUAGUAAAUUCACUUGCCAC